AUGAAUGAACCCAGUACAGCUCACCGAGAAGUACAUCACAUUUCAAGUGACGUAUCAGCACGUAUCAGUACAGCGCAGGUGAUCGUUUCCGUCAGUUGUGCUGUUAGACAGCUGAUCGACAAUUCACUUGAUGGAUGUGCACAAGUAAUUGAAAUUCGCGCCAAGAACAAUGGCUUCGAAUCUGUGGAGGUUAUCGACGACGGCACUGGAAUCGAACCCGAGAGCUUCGACUCGCUCUGUAAACCUCAUGCCACAUCAAAACUCACCGAACUGAAUGACUUCGGUAAACUGUUCACACUUGGUUUUCGUGGUGAAGCUUUGAAUGCUCUCUGCGCACUUGGUUCUGUUACAAUCAUUACACGUUCCACUUCUGCUUCGCUGGGUACGAAACUGUCCUUUGAUCAUAGUGGAAACAUAGUCGAUCAGUCUUCAGUUGCUAGACAGGUGGGGACCACUGUGGUUGUCGAAAAUCUUUUCGAAACACUCCCAGUGAGAAGGAAAGAAUUUGAGAUAACAGCGAAGAAACAAUUUGGUAAAAUUCUUACUACUGUGCAAUGUUUCUCGCUUUCUCGUCCAGAUGUGAAGUUCAUAUGCAGCAACAGUCUAGCCGGUAAACGUGUGCAGUCAAUUUGUACCCCAGGAAAAGCCACUACCCGUGAGGUGGUAUUCAAUCUAUUCGGUGGUCGUAUUGACAAAACUAAGAUGGUUGAAAUUGUUCGAUGCCUUCCAAGCAAUGAAGUAUGCUCGAUCUAUGGACUUGAUCCAAAGAACACUUUAAUCUAUGCGGAUAUAGUGUAUGUAGAUUCGUUAUUUUCUUCUACCCUCAUUGUUUUAUCCAACGAUGACAAUUUGAAAUCUUUCAGAAUAAGUGGUUUUGUGAGCUCUUGUGAACAUGGAUUUGGACGAAGUACGGCUGAUCGACAGUUCAUUUAUGUCAACAGGCGUGCAGUUGAUUACCCGAAGGUGAUUUGUCGAGUUGUCAACGAAGUAUAUCAGCAGUACAAUCGGUCUCAAUAUCCAACGCUGGUGCUCUAUAUCGAAUUGCCACCAGAAAUGAUUGAUGUUAACGUGACGCCCGAUAAAAGAAUGGUGCUUUUUGAUCAUGAGAAGGAGCUGUUAGCCCUCAUCAGGGCAUCUGUUCUUGCCACAUUUCACCCUCUUCUGAGUUCCUAUACUUCAGUGGAAGAUAAAAAUAGCAAAGGUAAUUUAUUUCAUUGGAACUUAUCGCGCCUAAUCGGAACAUGUUUUGUUUAUUCUUUAGCAAACGUUGCUUUGUCUGAUCGCUUGAAAAAAUUGGACCAGUUUUCGUUCAAAUCAAUUCCUCGCGAGGACUCUGUAGGACUUCCUCCGCGGCCAACAAAUUUCACGAAACAAGAAUCCAGAUCUUCACGAACAUCAAAAUUGGAAUUUUCGGCCUCCAUAGUUCCAGAUGAAAACAAAACAGCUGAAGAGGAAUUGAAUCGAACUCUAAAGAAAUCUGACUUCCGUGAAAUGUCAGUGAUCGGGCAAUUUAACAAGGGAUUCAUUGUCACUUUCUUACGAAACCACCUGUUCCUGGUUGAUCAACACGCAAGUGAUGAGAAGUAUAAUUUCGAAAGGUUUCAGAAAAAAGCUCGAGUUGAGACACAACGUCUUAUUCAUCCAAGAGACCUUGAAUUGGGAGCUGUUCAAGCUUCAGUACUUAGAGAUAACAAGGAUAUUCUGGAAGCAAACGGGUUCGAGGAUUUUCCUUACAACGAUAUUGGAAUUUUGACAAAAGUGGUAUACAUUGAAGAAAUACUAGCAGUUGUUUCGGAAUUCCCAGGAGUGAUGUACCGACCGGCAAAACUUCGCCGAAUUUUCGCUUCUAGAGCAUGUCGAAAAUCAGUGAUGAUAGGUACUGCGCUCAAUACAAGCCAGAUGCAAACUAUUAUUCAUCAUCUUGGAAUAUUGGACCAACCAUGGAAUUGCCCACAUGGUCGCCCAACUCUGCGUCACCUGGCUGACCUGCGAAAUGUCAACCAGAAAAGUGCAGCAGCGGUAUGA